UUCAUUAAUUCUAUCCUUAGAUAUUAAUUAAAUACUCAAUUAAGCUCAUAUUAUUUUCCUAGUUAUGGAUACUUAUUUUGAAUUUUCACUUUAUCGAUUUAACGUGUUCGUUCUCUCUCUUGUUGUUACGUUCAUGAUCGUUUCAAACAUCUUCGUGUCAUCUUUUCAAUUUCGAGUUGGUGAUGAAAUUGGUUGGAUUACACCAAUUGGUAAUGAAUCUGAGACGUAUAACGAAUGGGCUGCUAGAAAUCGAUUUCAUAUCGGAGAUACUCUUUAUUUCAAGUAUAAAGACGACUCAGUACUUGAAGUAACUCCGGCUAAUUAUCUCAAUUGCAACACAACAAGCCCAAUUUCCAAAUUUGAAAAUGGAGAGACAGUUUACAAAAUUAGCCAUCCUGGCUUCUACUAUUUCAUAAGUGGCCAGAAAAAUAAUUGCAAAUUUGGCCAAAGAAUCAUUGUUCGUGUAAUGCACCCAUCUGAAAUUUCUUCCCCGGCGUCCGCACCGGAGAUUUCACCGUCUCCGGCUGUUGAUGGUGGUGGUGGUGGGGGUGAUGGGUGGAGCUCGGACUUUUUGGAUCCAGUGAUUAAUUCCACCACAGUACUUUCUAUUUUUUCAUGUUUUGUUACUGCUCUUGGGGGUAUUAUGAUCUUUCUCUAUUUGCUUAUGUAGUUAUGUAGAAGAAUUUAUAUAUUCUUCAUGUUUUAGAUAUAUUAUUAUGUUUUUUUUUUUUGUAGUUUUCUAAAGUUGUUUUGAUUGAAAUUUGAUUGACAUUGUAUUAGUUUGAAUUCGUUAUAUAUUAUUAUGUUAUCUGUUUGAAUGAGGUGCAUUGUAGGUAUACAAUUUUGUUUUACCAACAAAGUUAGGUAAAUGUUAGAUGAAUAUGUAAAUAAAUUUGCAUAAAAAUAAAAUAAAUUAAUGAAACAUCUGUAAUAUGUAUAAUGUGAAAUAUAAAUCAUAAACGGUGAUACUGAAAUUCGUAAUACACCCAAAUCAGAAUACAUAUUAUUUUUUAAAAUAUUGUCAUUCAAAUAUUUUAAAGUGUUGUUAUUUUGA